ACCUUUGAGUAAAAACAAGAAGAAAACAAUGUGUUUGAGUUGAGAUUGCUGGGUUAUGUUGUCACGAACAUUUAAACAAUUGAAUCAUACAAUAAAAAACCGGAUUCCAGAUUUUUGUAACAAAAAUAAACGGUUUUAUAUUCAACAACGUCUGCUGGCGGCACAUGCUCAUCGCACCAACUACACCAUGGAUAAAGUCUAUUUGCGCAAUGAUCCCAAUAGCCAGGAGCUCCAUAUCAGUUUUCGCUAUGCAAAUGAACACUUAAAAAUUGAUCGGGACUUUAAUUUUUGUCGUAAAAUUGAUGAAAAAAUCGAGGCUACCUUGAACAGAAUUCGGGGAAACAUUGAAAAGGAAUUGAAUAAGAAAAUGAAGAAGGGUAAAAAGAAAUCUCCAGCCCAGGUGCCGGAACCAAUAAAUGAAGUUGUUUCCACAGGAGAGAUAAAUAUAGAAUUUGUAAGAUCCAACAACAAGUUGGAAGAUAUCACCUUUGCUGAAAUGUUAACAGAGACAAUGGAAAAUUUGCAUUUGAAGGUUUUGGAUCGCACAUUUCAACUUGUUUAUAAUCAACCUUGGGUGGUUAAUUUGGUUCUACCCACUUCUAUAUUGGCAGGAUUUACUGUGUAUCCCAGCAAGAUAGAAAUGAAAUUUGCCGAAAAAUCUAACAGCAAGGCUCAGUGGUAUAAGGCUAAAAUGCCUGAAUCUGGGAAUAUUCAGCAAGCCUCCUGGCAGUUCUGCGGUGAUGGACUAUUUUAUACCACCUCAAAUGAGGAUGUAGACCAUUAUUUAAAACUUGUACUAACGCCUGGUAAUGCUGAAGGCAUUUAUGGACCACCUGUAGAGCAUAUCUGCAAAAAUGUCAUACAGGCCGGCCCGGGACCCUGUCCAUUUGAGACUAGACACUGUUUUACUCAAAAACGUUUACUAGGCGAUUCUUUGCGUGUGGUUUCGUACAAUAUCUUGGCAGAUCUUUACGCUGACAGUGAUUAUACAAGAACUUAUCUAUUUCCCUAUUGCCCGCCAUACGCCCUAAAGAUAGACUAUCGCAAACAGUUGUUCAUUAAGGAAAUACUAGGAUACAACAGUGAUAUUUUGUGUCUGCAAGAGGUAGAUAUGAAAAUCUUCGAGUAUGAUCUUAGACCAGUGCUUGAAGAUGUUCGACAGGGCUUUAAUGGCAUUAUAGCUCAAAAAGGAACAUGUGGAGAGGGAGUUGCAACUUUCUAUCGCUCGGAUAAAUUUGAGUUGGUUGAAUCAUUUGCCUUGAAUAUUGGCGAGAAUAUAAAGACCCUGGAUGUUUUUAGUGAAUUGUGGCAAAAAAUUAAAUGCAAUGAGAAAUUAGUGGAGCGUAUUUGUGACCGUUCAACUACUUUGCAAUUGAACUUAUUGAAAACAAAAAAUGAUCAUUAUAUUUUAGUGGCCAAUACUCAUCUAUAUUUCCAUCCCGAUGCCGAUCACAUACGUUUGCUACAAAUUGGUUUUGCAAUGCUGUAUGUAGAAGCUAUUUAUAAAAAAUCAAUUGAAAAGUAUAAUCUAAGUAAUGAAAAAGAUUUGUCAAUUAUAUUCUGCGGAGAUUUCAAUAGUGUUCCCGAAUGCGGUAUUUAUCGUUUGAUGACAAAGGGAUAUGUGGAUAAAGAUUUCAUUGACUGGAGUAGUAAUUUAGAAGAAGCUGUAAAAAAUGUGAGUUUAAAACAACCGUUUUCUAUACAAUCUGCUUGUGGAACUCCUGAAUAUACAAAUUUUACUGAAGGCUUUGCGGCCUGCUUGGAUUAUAUUUUUUAUCAAUCGGAUCGAUUUGAUGUAGAACAAAUCAUACCCUUGCCCACCAAUGACGAACUCAAAGCCCACACUGCUAUUCCCUCGGUUGUUUUUCCAUCAGAUCAUGUUGCUUUAGUAGCAGAUCUAAAAUUUAAAGCAGUUAAAAGUGUAUAAAUAAUAAAAAACUACUGAUGAUUCAACGAAAUUAAA